AUGUGUCGUCACACACACAUCGCGCUCUACACAACCGGCAAAAUAUUCACAUUUGGUUCAUACCGGUUGGGCGCCCUUUUAGCGGAGGACGAUUCUGUAGAGGAUCUACAGGCCAUCCCAGACACCUAUGUUCCCGUACUCAAACUGAAGUGCAUGGGUGUUGAGGUUAUCCGCUUAUGGGCGAAGCGGAGGAAUAUUUACUCGAGUGCCAUGGGCUUCCUUGGAGGCGUCAGUUGGGCAAUCUUGACUUGUCGAAUUUGCCAACUGUACCCUUGUGCUUUGCCGUCAACAAUCGUGUACUUGUUUUUCACAAUCUUCAGUCAGUGGCCCUGGCCGAAACCCGUUCGCCUGCGUGAAUCAGAAUACAUUGCAACGUUGAAUUUGCCCGUAUGGGAUCCACGACAUAAUCCCGCAGAUCGGCACCACCUGAUGCCAAUCCUCACGCCAAGCUACCCCUCACAGAAUUCGGCGUAUAUCGUUCAGCGGAGUAAUCGCAUCAUCAUUGAGCGUGAAAUGAAACGA